AUGGCCGCAUCCACCCUGUCCGUCUGCUCCAGUGACCUGAGCUACGGCAGCCGCGUCUGCCUGCCGGGCUCCUGUGACACCUGCUCCGACUCCUGGCAGGUGGACGACUGCCCAGAGAGCUGCUGUGAGCCCCCCUGCUGUGCCCCCACCUGCUGUGCCCCCUCCUGCUGUGUCCCCACCUGCUGUGAGCCCUCCUGCUGUGCUCCCACCUGCUGUGUCCCCACAUGCUGUGAGCCCUCCUGCUGUGACCCCAGCUGCUGUGCCCCCUCCUGCCUGACCUUCAUCUGCACCCCUGCAAGCUGCGGGUCCAGCCCCUGCCAGUCAGCCUGCACCAGCUCCUGCCAGCCCUCCUGCUGCAGCUCCUCCCCCUGCCAGGAAGACUGCUGUGUGUCUGUCUGCUGCAAGCCCGUCUGCUGCACCCCUGUCUGCUGCAAGCCCGUCUGUUGUACCCCUGUCUGCUGCACCCCUGUCUGCUGCAAGCCCGUCUGUUGCACCCCUGUCUGCUGCACCCCUGUCUGCUGUGAGGCCUCCCCCUGCUCAGGCUCUUCAUGCUGCCAGCAGUCUAGCUGCCAGCCCUCCUGCUGCACCUCGUCCUGCUGCGGACCGUCCUCCUGCGUGUCCCUGCUCUGCCGCCCCGUGUGCAGGCCCGCCUGCUGCGUGCCCGCCUCCUCCUGCUGUGCCCCCACCUCCUCUUGCCAGCCCAGCUGCUGCCGCCGCCGGGCCUCCUGCGUGUCCCUGCUCUGCCGCCCUGUGGGCUCCCGCCAGGCCUGCUGCGUGCCCGCCUCAGCCCAGAAGUCCUGCUGCUGA